UGCUGCAAAACAUCUGUUAGUCUAUAAGGUGCCACAGGAUUCUUUGCUGCUUCUACAGAACCAGACUAACACGGCUACCCCUCUGAUAUUUGACAGAUUUUUAUGAUUUUUCUGUGAUCAAGGGUCUUCUUGACAGUUCCAUUUGUGUCAUUUAGGUUCAUACAUCCAAAUGGAUGAAUCCAACUUUGACUUAAACUCAUUUCCAGACUACUUUGAUGAGUAUGGGAACUUCACUAAUUAUAAUGGCACUGGUAAUGUGUGUGAAAUGGAUGACCUCCACGCAUUUGGUGCCCAUCUCACUACCAUCCUGUACUCUCUUGCUUUUGUUCUUAGCCUGCUGGGAAAUAGUUUGGUGUUAUGGAUCCUAAUGAAGUAUGAAAGCCUUGUGUCUUUAACAAACAUCUUCAUCAUGAACCUUUGCAUCUCCGACCUGGUCUUCUCUUGCAUGCUGCCCUUCUGGAUCGUGUAUCAUUUGCAUGGAUGGAUUUUUGGUGAUUUCCUCUGCAAGGCUGUGAAUGCUGUUUUCUCCAUUAGCUACUACAGUGGUAUUGUCUUUUUGACCAUAAUGACUAUUCUCCGGUAUACGGCAGUGGUGAACCCCUUGUCGACCUUGAGUACUCAGACACGCCAGUGUGGCAUUCAGGUGAGCUUGGCCAUUUGGGCUGCUAGCAUAUUAGUUGUGGUUCCUGAGAUGAUUUUCACCCAAGUGCAAACUGAUCUGGAUGGUUUCAGUACCUGCGAUUACACUGACUCCCAUUGGAAAACGGUAGAAAUUUAUCAGCGAAAUGUCUUCUUUCUCUUUUCCUUUGCUGUUAUUGUAUUUUGUUACGUCGAGAUACUGAAAAUUCUGCUCAGAACAAGAUCUCAUAGGAAGCACAGAACUGUGAGACUCAUCUUUACCAUUGUGGUAGCUUUUUUCCUGAGUUGGGCACCUUAUAAUAUAUUCUGUUUCCUGCAAACUUUGCCAGCUCAUUACAUCUUUCUGAACUGUGAGAUUCAAAAAAACAUUGCAUAUGCCUUCUAUAUCAGCCGCAAAAUUGCCUUUUCCCACUGCUGCCUCAACCCUGUGCUCUAUGUAUUUGUUGGGGUCAAAUUCAGAAGACAUUUGAUGCACCUAUGCAAUUACCUCUGGCCAUGCAAUAAUGGGAAAAUCUCCAGCCCCAGGAUUUAUUCUCAUGGCAAAUUCCACUAUGAAGAUGCUUCCAUUUACUGAAGGCUGCUCUGCAGUGCUAAGCAUGAGUGAAAUGUUAAUGGCUUUAAAAUCUGAAUAACAGUUGAUUUUAGAGGCAUUCACCUGAUGACACAAAUUUAUUCUUUGUGAAUAUUUGAGUUGUUGAGAAAUAAUAGAAAAUGUAUUUCCAUGGGGAGGGGGUAACCAUCUAUUUUAUUUACAGAUAUCAUCUCUAGGCUUUUCUAGUUAAGGGGCCAAUUUCUGCUCUCACUUACAUUCCUGCAAUUCCAUCAUAUCCAAUACCAUUGAAGCAGAGUAAAUGAGACCAGAACUCACCCACUGUCUCUACUUGGGAUUAAGCCAGGUUUUAUUAGUUGGCAGUAGCUACAUAAGUCAGAAUACCUGAUGUUUUCAAGGUAAACUUUUCACUGUUGCUGUGUACAAAGCUAUUAAUAUUGUAAGCUUAACACAAACCCAUUUUCUGAUCCUUAAUAGGAAGUUUUGGUGGUUGAUGCGUGGUAGAAGGAAUUAAGUUAAUGAGCGUGUUAAUACUUUCUUAAUUCUUGUAAAGUCAUAGUAUAGAGUGAAGAAUCAGUCUGCUUCAUUUCUUGUUUUGAUAGUGAUAUCUCAAUAGAUAUUUUCCUUUAUUUGUAAAAUAAAUGUUUUUUCUCUAGAAAGUUAGAAUAGUAGGUCUUAAUGUAAAUGCUUGUUUUGCAGUUCCAGCUGGUUUUUAAAAUACUUCAUCUAUUAACCCACGAAAGCUUAUGCCCAAAUAAAUGUGUUAGUCUCUAAGGUGCCACAAGUACUCCUCAUUCUUUUUGCUGAUACAAACUAACAUAGCUACCACUCUGAAACCUGUCACAUGUUUGAGUAUACCAGCGUAUGCAUACAAAUACGAGAUGUGCCUAUGCAACUCGGGUAUUUGCAUCUUCGUCUAGCCAAGUUAGGCACCUACCUAUGUGUGCAAAUACCUGAUUUGGUGUGUGAGCUUUUUGAUAUUUAUAUGCAGCAUUUAGGCAUGUGCAAACACUUGCAUGCACACAGCUUUGUGCCCAAAGCACAAAGCUUUCAGGCACUUCCCCCAGCCCCUUGGCUGGGAACGGGAAACCGCGGCUAAUGGGAGCUGCUGGGGGCAGUGCCACACAUACCCCUGCACCCCUCCUUCUGCAGGGUCCAUCAGCUUCCCAGAGCGCCGCAGAGGCAGGGCAGGGCAGGCAGGCAGACAGGCAGGGAGCCUGCCCUGCCCCCAGUGUGCAUCACGCCGGAGCCUGCUCCCUGAGC